UCAAUGAGAAAUCCUUCCCGCCUUAUUUCAAAAAAAGUGGAUUUCCACAUCCCUUUUUCGCCAUCCCAAUGUCUUUCCCUUCUUCAACCUGGAUCUCUCCAUCCCACCACCCAACUCCACGCCCUCCUCCUCACCUCCGGCCUCCUCCUCUCCCCCUCCGCCACCCACCUCCUCUCCAAACUCACCUCCUCCUACUCCCUCUCCGGCCAUCUUUCCCAUGCCCACAACCUAUUCGCUCAAAUUCCUCAAAGAACCACCUUUCUCUACAACACCCUCAUCCGCGCCCACGUCCAAUCCCAGCACCACCUCAUUGCCAUUCAUUUGUUCUCUCAAAUGAUCUCUUCGGGUUUUCGGCCGGAUAACUUCACCUUCCCUUUCGUGUUCAAGGCCUGCGGCGAUGUCCCGCUCUUUAAAAUGGGGCUUCAAGUUCACUGCAAGGCUUUUGUUUCCGGGUUUUUGUCCAAUGAGGUUGUUCAAAACUGUUUGAUUGCAAUGUAUAUGAAUUGCGGCGAGAAGGAGGUCGGUUCGGUUGUUUUUGAGGGAAUGAAUAACCGGAGUGUUGUUUCAUGGAAUACAAUGAUUGCGGGGUUGUUUCAGAAUGGAUGCGCUGCUGAGGCUUUGAUGGUUUUCGAUCGAAUGGUUGGUGAUGGUGUCAAGGUUGAUGAGGCCACUGUGGUGUCUGUUCUACCGGCUUGCGCCGUUGUUAAGGAUUUAGAGACGGGCCGGAGAGUGCAUGUUUUGGUAGAUGAAAGAGGAUUUGGAGAGUAUGCUCCCGUGAGGAAUUCUCUUAUCGAUAUGUAUGCGAAAUGCGGGAACUUAGGUGAGGCAAGGAGGCUCUUUGAUGAUGGAAAUUGGAGGAAGGAUGUUGUCUCUUGGACCGCAAUGAUUGGAGGUUGUGUUUUGAAUGGAUGUGUAUCAGAAGCUCUACAUUUCGGUGUUAGGAUGCAGUUUUCGGGGAUCAAACCGAAUUUAGUGACAAUGGCCUCACUACUUUCAGCUUGUUCAAGUGCGCUGUUCAUAAAUUACGGCAAAUGCUUGCACGGUUUGUGUAUUCGAUUAAGGCUUAAGGAUGAUAUCGUAGUGGAGACUGCAUUGAUUGACAUGUAUGCUAAUUGCGGCAACAUGAAUUUCAGUGCGCGAGUGUUUGAAACAUGUUCAAGAAGAACAGCGACAUGGAAUGCUGUUGUAUCAGGGUUUGCUCACAAUAAGCAUGCAAUUACAGCGAUAAAGCACUUCAAGUUAAUGCUGGCAGAAAGUGUGCAACCGGACCAAGCAACGAUUGCAAGUGUCCUUCCGGCUUAUUCUGACUCAGCAGACAUGAAUCAAGCACUGAACUUACACUGUUUUCUGACAAAAACCGGCUUCCUCCGGAGCACAGAAACAACAACAGGCCUAGUUGAUGCCUAUGCAAAAACUGGGUGCCUAGACGCUGCGAAAGAACUCUUUGAAGGGCUAAAUACAAAGGAUUAUGUGGCUUGGAGUGCGAUUAUCUCAGGAUACGGCAAACACGGGCACGCGAAGAUGGCAAUUAGCCUUUUAGAAAGGAUGAUAGAGGCCGGAAUUGAACCAAAUAAAGUCACAUUCACUUCAGUGUUGUAUUCAUGCAGUCAUGCAGGAUUAGUGGAUGAAGGAGUGCAUAUAUUUCAGCAGAUGCUACAAGCACAUCAAGUAAAACCAAGUCUUGAUCAUUAUGCUUGUGUCGUUGAUCUUAUCGGUAGAGCCGGAAAGUUGGAGGAAGCUUAUGGGCUGAUAAAGAGGAUGCCAUAUGAACCAAAUCAAGCAGUUUGGGGAGCAUUACUUGGUGCAUGUGUUGUACAUGAGAAUGUGGAAUUAGGAGAGUUGGCAGCUAAACAUUUGUUUGAGAUAGAGCCUGAAAACACUGGGAAUUAUGUUUUGUUAGGGAAUGUUUAUGCAGCAGUUGGAAGGUGGGAAGAUGCAGAGUCAGUGAGGAGUUUGCUGAACAGCAGAGGGUUGAGGAAAGCACCAGGAUGUAGCUCUGUUUGAUUAUU